AUUUUGAAUCUUCUUCUUUACUGUAAGAAUCACGAACGGGGGUAGCCGUAGCAGUGGUGGAAGAUGGCAAGAAACGAACGAAUCGCGUGCUAAUGCAAACGAAGCUAAUCGAGUAUUAUUCGCGACGACCGUGCAGUCUCGGCAUAGUCAACGUCCUCGAGGUUUCGGUGACGAUAUACUGUUUUGUUUGACGAUGAUGUGAGAAAGCAAAGCAAAGUUCGAAGGGGGGUAAGAGUUCGGCGAACGGAACGGCCGAAAACUCUUUCAGGCGAUGUCAAACAUGCGGCGACGAAUUUCGCAGAAAAGUUUACCAAACCGACGGCGUGUUUUGGCCAAGAUUUGUCAGUGAAACCAGUGCCAAUGAGUGUGAAUAUAUGGCGGCGCGAGUACUUUUACUAAGCAUCUUGUUUACAGAAGUGCUAAAACCCGCUUGUGCCGCAGGUGUCAAAGAAAUCGGAGCCAGUUUACACAAUAAAAACAUAUCGAAACCGGAAAGCUUCAACAAUAGUCCAACCAAAGGUUCCGGUGUAACAUUGGAAAUUCAACCUAGCGGUCAUGUGAUAUUAGGGAAAAAAGGAAUUACACUUAGUUGUAUAACCGGAUCAAAUCAAAAUAUCUCUUGGUUACACAAUGGAGUACCAGCACCACCAUGUGGUAUCACGCGUUGUACUCUUUUACGAAAUGGCUCUCUUAACUUACACAAGAUGGUGCAGAAGUUUAAAGAAAAAAACAAUAUUACAGUUAAUUUUAGGAAUUACAAUAAAGACGAGUAUCGUUGUGUAACACAUACUAAUUUAGGACUUCUACGAUCGUCUCCUACCUUUAUACAAAUAGCAGAACUUGCCCAUAUAUUUAAACAAUCGCUUGAAAAUAUAACUGUACAAGAGGGCGAAGUUGCAAGAUUAUCUUGCUUGAUAGAUAGUGUUCCUUUUCCUCCUAAUAUCACAUGGCAGCACAAUGGAAAAACAUUGUUGCCCAACCAGAAUAAUUCAAAUAGGUAUUUUAUGGUACCACCAGGUGUUCUGUAUAUAAAAGCAACAGAGUUAUCGGAUGCUGGUUCGUAUAGAUGCAUAGUAAAUAAUGAAUUCCUAAAGAAAACCAAAAAAAGUAAAGAGGCAAAAUUAAUUAUUACCUCUCAACUAGAGCGUAAUGGUUCGCAUACUUCGCCAUCGUUAUUUCCACAAGUUUCAUACAAUCAUUGGUUGCUAAAUGGAACAAAUCUUAAUUUAGCAUGUGCCGCAUCUGGAUAUCCAUCUCCACUUAUGACGUGGACAUUUAUUCCUCGCUAUACUGAUAAUCAUAAUGUUGCACAACCUCGCAUUUUGCUUAAUUCUAGUAUUGGCAUUAGUAUAUUGUCAUUGGUAAAUGUGAGUGUAUCUGACGCGGGAAUUUAUUUAUGUUCUACGAAAAACUUCGGUACAAAUAAUUUGGAAAUUCAGAAUAUAACGGUGGAUGUUUUAGUACCACCUUCUUUUUUGAAGACACCUAUAAAUCAAGUAUGCCCAAAUGGGAGAACUGCAAGAUUUGAGUGUCAAGCACAGGGAUUACCUAUGCCUAAAAUAUAUUGGUUAAAGGACUCAUUAAAUAUUACAAUUAACGGACGUAGGACUACGUACGUAAAGGAAUAUAAUAAAAUGGAGCUGGCAAUAUCGGCAACGGUUCCUUCAGAUUCUGGUAUUUAUCAAUGUGUUGCUGUGAAUACAGCUGGAGAAAUUUGGGCCGCAGGUCGGCUUCAAGUAAACACAUCUCGUAAUAGUCCUGCUACACCUACCUCUCUAAACUGUCAUGCUCUAUCACCAGUUAAAAUUUUUAUUUCCUGGGAGCCACCAAAGUCUCUACCAGUUACCAGUAUUACAGCUUAUACCGUCCAUUAUAGUCCCGUAGAAGGAGGCAAGGAAGAAGUUUCUCCACCAGAACCAGGUAAUUCUACGUCUGUAGAAGUAACGAAGCUUCUCGAGCCAUUUACAAAUUAUUCCUUCUACAUACGAGUGUGGAACAAUCAUGGUGCUAGUGACCAAUCAGCCACCAUUUUGUGUUCUACAGCUCCAAGUGUUCCUAAAGGUGUACCAAAAGUAAACGUGAAUAUAAUUAGCAGUACAAAAUUAAAUGUAUCAUGGGAACCGCUAACUAAAUCCGAGUCCCGUGGUAUCGUGGUACAAUAUAAGUUACAGUGCCGACGACACGAACAUCCAUUUUCUCGUGUUCUUCAUUUGCCUGCUAGCGUGGAAUCCUAUGUUCUAUCUGAUCUAAUACCUGGAGCACAGUAUGAUCUACGAGUACUAGCUAGGACAAAUCAAGGUUGGCCUAAUAUGAGCGAAACACAAUUAGAAUGGACCACUGUAACUAUGCCAUCUGCUGAAUCGAUUGUUAUCAAAAAUAUUGUGGAUAUACAAAUAUUAAUCGUAAAUUCUUCGGUUGCGAAGGCGAAAUGGAGUAUAAAUCUGAAAGAAAAUGAUAAAAUUGAAUCAGAAUUUGACUCUUGGCAAAUCUAUUGUGAAAAUCAAAAUGGACACAAAUUAGUAACUAUUUUUUUACCACAGAACGUUACUGAAUAUGUAUUUACUAAUCUUGAUAUAAACGUUUCUUAUACAGUGGGCUUAUGCAUGAUAAGCUCUGGCGAGGUGACAGGUUGUCUAACAAAACAAAUAGAAACUAUUCAACCUGAUGCACAUAACAUACCAAUAGCUCUGGAAGCUAUUCCUGUUUCACCUAAUUCUAUAAACGUCACAUGGUCGUUGAGUGACAUGCAUGAAGUGGAUGGUUUUGAAUUAUGUUAUCAUGCAAUUCAUACAACAAAUUUAGAUGGUCCUAAAUGUUUUAUAUUAAACGAUACCAAGACCAGCGUCGAUAAACUCAAACCGUUUACAUUGUAUCAAUUUAAAGUCAGAGCUAUUCGAAAUAAUACAAGCCAAAGCAGUUUUUACAGCGAAUCUAUAGAAUGUUAUACGAACGAAGACAUUCCCGGAAAGGUAGAGGAAGUACAAUGGUUUUUGGUAAAUAACACAAAAGUGCGAAUUGCGUGGAAGGAACCGAGUAAUAUAAACGGCAUAAUACAAAAUUACUUUGUCAUUUACACCAUGGAUUUAAUGGAUUCAACUACGAUGUGGAGAAACGUGACGGUACCUGGCAAUAAAACUUCUACAACUUUACCUGGUUUAACUUCCGGGAAACGAUACUUUGUUAUGGUACAAGCUAUGACAAAAGCCGGUUAUGGUAAACCAUCGGAUCCCAUAAUUAUCAUUACCGGUGGUAGACCACCAGUUAUACCUAAUUCGCCGGAUAAACAAAAACCACCACAAAACACGAAACCUGAUCAAAGUCUUGGUGUGAUUCUUGGCGUAAGCAUAAGCAUUGGAUUUAUUACAAUCUGUUUAUGUAGCAUGUAUUGUCGAAAGAAAUGUGAAAAUGCUCGUAUCUUAAGAGAAAAUGCGCAAUCUACAAAAGGACGUACGUUGAUACGAAAUGGAAACCGAUGUUGCGUAAAUCAGUCUUCCUCAUCGGUUAGUCAGCAAACGAAUAUUAGAGUAGUUCCUAAUGAAAUUGAACUUGCUGUUCUUUGUCCUUCAUCUCCAAUUAUAACUAAUCCACAUUUGGAUACGAAGGGUGGAAAAUCUAACGGAAUUCUUGAAUCUUAUGCAAAAGAACCUUUACUACCGUCAUGGGAAGUAAACGGGGACCCUAAAGAUAUUCAAAUAACACAAAAUUCGCAGUAUAAAUCUAAGGACAGCGUUGUCAUAAACAAAGAAAAUCAAGAACAAGAAUCGGAACCAGAUUUGGAAGGCACACAACUCACAAUGGUCAAUUGUACUUUAGGCAGUAGCAGUAGCAGUUUAAAUAAUAAUUCGGGAUGUUUAGAUGGUGGCACAUCCCUAUCAAAAUCUAUGUGUAUAUCUGUUCCAGCACUUGGACCAAAUGGAUGAAAGCAUUAGGCAAUAUAUUUGAGUGUUCACAUUUUUCUCCUAUGCUAAUGUGCAACAGGUAGGGUGCAAAAGUUUUUCUGCGACUUGAGUCAGUUGACUGCAACAUGUACAUACAUGUGUAUACACAUACGCGUA